UUUAAACAACCCGGUCACACUAUUCGAGUUGGGCCAGAAAUUUCAGCUGCUUAUUUUUAUUUUGUAUUAUAAUUUAAGUAAAACAUAAGUGUAAGAGAAAAGUUUUAAGCCGGCUAUCAGUCACCACAACACGUACACAUCGGCCAUGGCCUCGCCCUCCCAGCACAGUCCGAUGACCAACAACAGCAACUCAUCCUCGCAGAACGGCGGUCCGAUGGCCGCGGGUUCGGUCUCUGGUUUGGGCACAGCAUCCGGUGGUGGUAGCAAGUCAUCUAAUCACUCAAACGCCGCAACCGGCAACGAGAACACACCCAUGCUCACCAAGCCGCGUCUCACGGAGCUCGUACGCGAGGUGGACACCACCACGCAGCUGGACGAAGAUGUCGAGGAGUUGCUGCUGCAGAUCAUUGAUGACUUUGUCGAGGACACCGUCAAGUCCACCAGUGCGUUUGCCAAGCACCGAAAGUCCAACAAGAUUGAGGUGCGCGAUGUGCAGCUCCAUUUUGAGCGCAAGUACAAUAUGUGGAUACCAGGAUUUGGAACGGACGAGCUUCGUCCCUACAAGCGCGCCGCCGUCACGGAGGCGCACAAGCAGCGCCUGGCUCUGAUCCGGAAAACGAUCAAAAAGUACUAGGCGGAGGCUUCAACCGGAUUUCGGGCCAUGCCACAAACUAUUUUAAGCUCCCACGUAGAAUAAGGAAAACAUUUACCCACGUUCUAGCGUAGUUAUUAAAGGAAUAAAGUACACAUUGAUUUUA